AUGACAAUUGUUCAUGAUAUGAUUCUGGCUUUGGUGACAAUGAUAUGGUGUGGUACAAAUGCUAUAGAUAUUCGUGGUAAGGGCGCCAGUUUUCCAUAUGAGGUUUACAAGGUUUGGCAACCAGCUUAUACAACAUAUAGGAAAGGAUAUGCGUCUAUUCAGAUGCAAUACGAUGCUGUAGGAAGUAGUACAGGGCAAGCUGCAAUUUUCCAGAACAUUGAUAUUGAAUAUGCUGGUUCAGACACCGUUUUGUCUGAAUCUGAUAAGUUAGAACAUUCAGACCUUGUUGAAUUCCCUACCAUGGCUGGGGCAAUCGUCAUGGGAUACAACUUACCAAAUUUUGGCUCCAACAAACUUAAUCUUUCUCUACAGCAGCUUGUUGGUAUAUAUAACGGGACCUACACAUCAUGGAGCGAUGCCAUUUUUACAACAAACAAUCCGAAUGGCAUUUUUCCGAAUGAAAACAUUAUUGUGAUAGCCAGGGCCGAUAAAUCAGGGUCAACUGAACUUUUUACUUCUGCGCUUUCUGCGGUUGAUCAGAACUGGAACUCUACCUAUGGCACAUUUUCAAGGGGAAUUAAUGACAGUGGGACACCUUACCAUUGGAAUAAAGCAGCAAUCACCUAUUACGGGGUGCAGACUAGAGGUGUUUCGGGUUUGCUGUUGUCGUUCAAAAAUUCUCUUGGUUAUUUAUCCGUUGCUGAUGUUCAAGAUGGAAUCGUAGAAACAGCACUUCUUCAAAACGCAGCCGGUGAAUACAUGUCACCCACAUCCACAGCAGUUCAAAAUGCUAUGGAUUAUUUUGCUGCUCUAAAUCCUACGGCACAAACAUUUUCAUUGGCUAACAGUGGCGGUACAGGUGCCUACCCAAUAGCAGGCUUCACACAUUUUAUCAUUUACAAAACUCUUAUGACAAAUUGUGACUCAGCGAAAGAACUCAUUCGAUAUAUAGACUGGUUUAUGACUCAAUCUACUCCUCGUCAUGACUGUGAAGUUUUGGGAUUUGCUCCACUUAGCAUGGAUAUGGUGAAUAGAGUACAUAAAACUGUUCUGGAACAGGUCUCUUGCAAGGGACGCAACAUGUGGCAAGAGGUUAUGGCGGACAAGCAAAGGGAAGAGGAGGUUGUUGAUAAUUCAUGGCAAACGGAAGUAGCGAUAGCGGUUCCAAUCACUACGAUAGUAUUAGGGAUAUUUGGUGGUUAUAUAUUGUUUCAAAGAUUCAAAUACUGGAGGCUACUAAAUAAGGAUGAUUGGUUAGUUCCAAUUGAGGAUAUCGUGUUUUAUUAUGAUAGCCAUCAUCAUUCAACGCAUCAUUCCUCGUUCUUUGCACGAUCUGCUAGAUCUUUACAGUCGGCACAAUCAGAGAUGGAUAAGAGAGAAUUGGAAGCUUUAGUAGAUAAAGUGCUUCAGUGGCCUGGGAAAUGGAAAGGGCAUGACAUUGGAGUAAGGUUGUUAGAAAUUCCACAAAUGCAAGUUUUAACAAAGCAUAUGAAACAGGAGAUGCUCAGAAUUCGUGAUAAAGUACAUCACCUAAACAUUGUAAAAUUUUACGGACUUACAGUCAUAGACAACGAAAAAUAUGUGAUUGGUGAGUACUGCCGAAAAGGGUCCCUAGCCGAUGUCCUUCAGGACAAUAAGAUAACGAUGACGCCAGAUUUCAAAAUGGCUUUAGCUUUGGAUAUAUGUCAGGGGAUGAAUUAUCUUCAUCACCAUCAUGUUACUCAUGGAAACUUGAAAGCGCGUGUAUGCUUUGUAGAUUGUAAAUGGACCGUUAAAGUCGGAGAUUGGGAGUUUUUGAAAAUUUUAACACUAAACAACGAAAACGACGCUAUGGCUAUAGCAGAUAUGCACGCAGACGAUUCACAGAGUCAGUGUUCUUGGGAAUUCUGGAUGGCUCCUGAAGUACUUCGAGCAAAUUAUAAAUGCAGAAUAACGCAUGAAUGCGAUGUAUACAGUUUUGCAAUAGUUUUACAAGAAAUAUACUCGCAAGAAGAACCAUACACAGAACACCUUGGAACAACUUCGACUGCGGAUAUCAUCCAUGCAAUAUACUCUAGUAACCUGCGUCCAAAAAUCCAACUGGACAUUCCAGUGGCAAUCAGACAAAUCAUGGAAAUUGCGUGGACAGACAACCCAGUCAGCCGGCCGUCGUUUGAUCAAAUAUUGAAGCUAAUGAAACGGAACAGUCCAAUGAGAAAAUCAGUAAUGGACAGUGUCAUUCAAUCUAUGGAAGAUUAUACGCAGCAUCUAGAGGAAUGUGUGGAGGAGAAGACGAUAGAAUUAGAGUCAACAAAGAAAAAUCUGGAGGCCAUGAUGUCCAGUAUUAUACCAGGGACAAUUGCUAAUGCUAUCGCGAGUGGUGAAUCCAUAGAUCAUGAUCAGGAGAAGCUAAUUGGGGUAAUAUGUGUGGAGAUAACCAAAGAAAAUGAUUUCAACAAUUUAUCCUCAAAAGAAAAAGUAGAAAAACUGACAAGUAUGUGUACGUACCUGGAUCUACUUGUAAGCAAGUACUCAGCAUUUAGAUACAGUUCGCAUGGAACAUCUUUCAUGAUAGUUGUAGGUAUGGGAGAGGUGAACAAUAACAACGAAUACUGUGUUGCUUUUAAAACUGCGCAUAUGUGUUUAGACAUUCUAACUCAUGAGCACAUUGAGGACUCCAGCUGUUCUUCUGACGACGUGUGGAUGAUGCAGCUGAGUAUAGGUGCUCAUGUUGGUACUACCACUACAGGCAUUAUUGAGACUGACACACCUCAGUUUGUUCUCUUCAGUGAUUUGCCGGAAGUUGUUCGAUGCCUUGCAAGAUCUUCGGACGCUUCAAGAAUUCAUACAUCCCAGGAUCUACGGAAAAAGAUCCUUACAACAAACAAUUUUUCAACUGAAAGAUCGGGUCUACUCAUCGUCAGGGGCGUUGAAUAUGAAACAUACUGGCUCACCGGACGAACCAGGAAGUUUUCUAACAACUUGUUGAACAAAACUCUGAUAAUUCCAGAUCCACAACUACAAGAGGAAAAGGAAAAAGAGGAACCAAACAUGAUGAGCCCGUCCCCAAAUAACCUCCUAGUUCCUCUCUCUGAUAAAAUUAGUCCUUCAGUAAGCCCUAUGCCAAAUGAAAAUUCAAAAAAGCCAGCCCUUGCUAACGAAGCCAAGUCACCGAAAAUUGAGAAAAAGGCAAUAACAUUUGCCAAUGAAACUCGUUCAAAGGAAAAUGGAGCUCUUAAAUUGGGCAAUGGAAAGACCAAGACUGCAUACCAACGACGAAGAACAAAGCAAAGGGCAGACGUGUUACCGGAAGUGAUGGAAGUAACAAUCGAUGUAGAUGAUGAUUUUGCAGAGGUUUGACAAUGUCAGAAAAACAUAUCUAUAAUUCAAGUUAUA